AUGACUACUACCAUGAUGCAGCAGCCCUCGGAGUGCGGCUCUCUCUACUCCAUUGGCAAGUUUCGUAUCACCUCACUCGCUCACAUCGACAACUCGACACCGAGGAAGUUCUCUGAGGAGACACUUCCCUCACCCCUCUACCGAGCCGUCGGGCACCCAAACACGCCUCCAGAGUCUGUAUCCGGAAGCCCCAGAAUCAAGUUUGAGAGAUCAUCUCUAUCAUCAAACACAGACUGUUCGCCUAUCCCUAGACUUUCCAGUCUUGGAACUCGCUCCAUUUCAAAUGUUCGCCUACCUAGCCUCGAUGAAUUUGACCAGGGUGUAGAGGCUCUGGCAAGAGCUCACGGCGGUCAAGCCCCAUCGUGGACUCCUGCCGCCUCGCCUCACCCAAGUGCAGCCUGCCGCCCAGUUCUUCCUCAGCUUCUGCCAUCUAUUCAAGCCUACUCAUCGCCUAUGUACUCGCCUCAGGCAUACUCGCCCCAGGAAGCUUACUCUCCCUACAACCAUGCGGACCCUUUCAUGCACGCACACGAGGGCUACCCCAGCCCGCCGCCGGAUGGCGAGAACAGACACAUCAACCAAAAAUACACGACCGAGGAGGGGGACUUCAUCAUUUACGCGUGGCACGAUAAGAAGCUCAAGUGGCAGCGCAUCAAGCAAGACUUUGCGGCCAUGUUUGGAAGAACACCUGAGCGUACAGUGCAGGGCCUGCAAGCGUGGUACUACCGAAUGAACCAGCGCAUCCCACUGUGGGACAAGGAUGGGUGGCUGAUUUUCGAGAAUGAUGAAGAUUUGGAACCCAAGCACAUCAGCAUCAAGUGCCGGGAGCGCGAUAGCCAGGACCGCCCGAUGGAGCCCCUAGGCCUGGCUCAACGGUACCCGGAGCGAGCCAUCAAGUACAGUUGGGUGGACCCGGAAGUGAAGCGCAAAUCCCGCGACUGGGCUGCCAAGCGCAUCAUUCAACUCCGCGAUCGCAAAGAGCGUCGCAAGAGAAAGGACCAGCGCCGACUGAAGUUGUAA